GAAUAAUAGAGCGAAGGCUAAAGUGCAGUUCGGCCCCAGCGAGUCUCUCAGCGCGGCGUGUCUCACAGCGCAGGGGGCAGCCGGAGCGCCGCAGACUCGGGCGGCUAUAUGAGUAUAUUGGGAAUAAAAUACUCCUGCCAGCUGACGCUGGACCCCAACACAGCAAACAGCCGCCUGUCUCUGUCAGGGGGGAACAGGAAGGUGACAUGGGGGGCAGAGCAGCCAUAUCCUGAUCAUCCAGAGAGAUUUGACAGAUGGAGCCAAGUUCUGUGGAGAGAGAGUCUGACUGGUCGCUGUUACUGGGAGGCUGAGUGGAGUGGAAAUGGAGCCUGGAUAGCAGUGACUUAUAAAGAGAUCAGGAGGAAAGGAGAGAGUGACUGUGGGCUUGGAUUCAAUGACAAGUCAUGGAGUCUGUACUGUAAUACUAACAGUUACUCUGUCCUGCACAAUAAUAAACAGACUCUCAUACCCAUACGGCCCUCAGGCUCCCACAGAGUAGGAGUGUAUCUGGACUGGGGGGCUGGUGCUCUGUCCUUCUACAGAGUCUCCUCUGAUGGACUGACCCCCCUGUACAGCUUCACCUCCUCAUUCACUGAACCCCUCAAUCCAGAGUUUUGGGUUUAUCCAAACUCCCCCGUGUCGCUGUGCAUGCUGGGAUAGCUCACUGUGUGCUGGAGGAAUCAUUUUUACCUUAUCAGAGUCUCACAUGUCGCUGCUUCUCCGUGGCAAAAAGGUAAAAUCUCUGCUUUAUAACCAGUAUAACCCUUUUUACUCUGUCUGAAGUGUGACGUAUGUUAAUAAUUGGGUUCUGUAAGCUGAACAAACAUACAAAAUGACUGUUUUUCUCUGACUUAUGUUCUAUGUUGUCUGUAAAUGCACCAAAACUGCCAAAACAAAUUCAUAGUACAUGCAGUUGUACCAAUAGAGUGAAUUCUGAUUCUGAAAAAAAUAAAAUGUAAUGAAAUCUA